GGGGGCGGGGCGGUUGCGCGGCGGCGGCCGGGGAGGGUCAGUUGGAGGCAGGCGCUCGCUGAGGCAAGAGGAGGGCUCUCGGCCCGCGGCCUGACAGGGACUUAGCCCGCAGAGACCGGCCCGCGCGCGCGACCCCACACCCACCCAAUCGUCCACCUACCCCCUCCCCGCGCCGCCUCCUCCCACCCUGAGCAGAGCCACCGAGGAUGAUACACACCCAGGACAGUAGUAUUUUGCCUUUGAGUAACUGUCCCCAGCUCCAGUGCUGCAGGCACAUUGUUCCAGGGCCUCUGUGGUGCUCCUGAUGCCCCUCACCCACUGUCGAAGAUCCCCGGUGGGCGAGGGGGCGGCAGGGAUCCUUCUCUCUCAGCUCUAAUAUAUAAGGACGAGAAGCUCACUGUAACCCAGGACCUCCCUGUGAACGAUGGGAAACCUCACAUCGUCCAUUUCCAGUAUGAGGUCACCGAGGUGAAGGUCUCUUCCUGGGAUGCAGUCCUGUCCAGCCAGAGCCUGUUUAUAGAAAUCCCAGAUGGAUUAUUAGCUGAUGGGAGCAAAGAAGGAUUGUUAGCACUGCUAGAGUUUGCUGAGGAGAAGAUGAAAGUGAACUACGUCUUCAUCUGCUUCAGGAAGGGCCGGGAAGACAGAGCUCCACUCCUGAAGACAUUCAGCUUCUUGGGCUUUGAGAUUGUACGUCCAGGUCAUCCCUGUGUCCCCUCUCGGCCAGAUGUGAUGUUCAUGGUUUACCCCCUGGACCAGAACUUGUCUGAUGAGGACUAAUGGUCAUAGAGGAUGCUUUGCCCAAGAGCCACAGUGGGGGAAGAGGGGAAGUUAGGCAGCCCUGGGACAGAUGAGAGUGUUUCUGGCUGUCUAGGGAAGGACAUUGAGGGGCUCAGGUUGAGGGUUGCCCAUUGUGUUCUUGGAGUUGACUCGUUGAAAUUGUUUUCCAUAAAGAACAGUAUAAGCAUAUUAUUCACAUGUAAUCACCAAUAGUAAAUGAAGAUGUUUAUGAACUGGCAUUAGAAGCUUUUUAAACUGCGCUGUGAUGUGCUCCAUCUAGCCUGGGGAGGAAAUUGCCUGGAGGGGUAGAGACUGCCUGGUCUGGGGGCAGGGGCUGGUGGGCAGCACUGUCAGGCUUGGGUUUCCUUGCAGUUGGGCUUUCUUUUUUUGGUUUUUAAGACUUAGGUAUUUUCUUUCUUUGCUUCCUGUCACCCAGGGGCUCCUGAGUAUAGGCUUUUUAGCUUCUGGGCAAUGUCCUUGGGUUGUUUUUGACACUCCACCUUGGGCUUCUUGGCAUUUUGUGUCUGGCCUGGUGUAAGCAGGUCUGACCUCGCUUUCUUUACAGCUUAGUGUUAUUCUGGCAUUUGGUUAAGCUGGCUUAAUCUGUUUAAUGUUACCAGUGCAUUUUAAAUAGGGGCAUUGAAAUUCACCCCCCACCACCAGGGCUUUUUUGGGGGUGCCUGGGCCUUAAGAAACUAGCCAAACUACAUCUCAAGUUACCACCAGAGUUCUUGCCUCUGUGGCCCAGGCCCCAAGAUCUCUUUCCUAGCAAGAGCAGAGAGGAAGCCUAGCAAACUCAGGGCUUGGGAUUUGUGGGGGAAUCUGUUCUUAGGGACUGGAUGCCUCUGGCUGGCCAAGCACAGUACUGACUGCCUCCCUAACAGGUUCCGAGUAGUGUCUGCUCUACAGGGCCUAGGAGUAGGCUGGACAGUAGAUGUGGCCUGCUCUUUACUGCUUUCACCAAACAGCUUGUUCUAAAGGGAAAAGAAGGGAGAGAGAUCUACAUUGGGUGUGGGGGUGUCAGGGAGGCAAGUGUGUUGUGUUACUGUGUCAAUAAACUGAUUUAAAGUUGUG